CAAAGGGGUGGGGGUGGGGGCAGGGAAACUUCUGGGAAAUACUUGCCUUGAUGUAAACUAAGAAAUAAUCGGUUCAAGGCUCAGUACAAAAGGAUCUUGUCUUUGCGGUGCUUUCGCCUACACAGGGAAGGAUGCCUCUGGAGGUGGUGGUGGAGCUCCAAAUCCGGGCGAUUUCUUGCCCGGGAGUGUUCCUGCCGGAAAAGGAAGGUGUGUACCUUGGAGUCUACCUCCUGAAUCAGUACCUGGAGACAGACUGCUUUCCCUCUGUGUUCCCUAUUGCGAUUCAACAGAGCAUGAGAUUUGAAAAGAUAUUUGAAAAUGCAAUAGAUCCUGGAGCUGUUGCAGAAAUUUUAGAAAGCUUCCUAACCAGGUUUGAAUUGAUACAGCUAGUGUCUCCAGCAUGGGAAGAGCUGGCCUACUACGAAGAAAACACACGCGAUUUUCUAUUCCCCGAGCCUAAACUGACAUCUUCACAUUUUGGCAUGUAUAGAGAGUUGCUCAUGAAGACAGCAAUAGGUUUCCCAGGCAUUGCUCCCAAACUAGAGUUUUCUACAAGGACAGCCAUCCGAGAAUGUAUGUUCCCGCAUAGAAACAGAUUUUUUGAAGACAAAUGUAAAUCACAAAGGCCUUUAUCGAAAUCACAUGGGCAAAGAGCUCCCACAAAUAACAGAAAAACAAAGCCGAAGGAGAAAAGUUCCGACCGACUUUCCAAAGGCACCCAGUCCCGGGUACCCACCCCAUCUUCCCCCAGACAUCUCUUCCUGCACCAGCCGACUCCGCUGAACCUUGGCAAAAGCUUCAGGCUCCCUGGAGAAAGAAAGCCUCCGUUUGUGGUUAGACAUGUGGACAGUGAGAACCCCUUUGGUGAAAACAAUUUGGAACAUCGUUUACAGAAGUCCAGGAGAAAAUCUAAGGCUUUAGACUUUGCUUUUCCAGUGAGAAGAGCAUCUUCUCUUGACAACCUUGCAGCAAACAUCAAGGUUACCAGAGAGCCAGAUGAACGUAUUCUUUUGGGAAGUCAGCCAUCGUCACCUUUAGAUUCAACGAAGUCUGGAAAACCAUCGCCAAGUCAUGAAGGGGAUGCCAAUUUCCACCCGGAAACUUCACCCCCCCACUCCCAGCAUUCCAGAUCUCCCAGCCCUCUGGAUCAGCCUCUUCAAGAAAGGUUCCAGCCUCGUUCUCAGUCCACAUGGAAGAAGAUCCAUGAGAGGGUAUGCAACCUCCUGACAUCCUACAGAGCCCACCCAAAGGAAGAUUUUAUCUCUGAAAUAAAUUAUAUCCGUUCAAGACCAAGCUACCCCCUGAAGAAACUCCCACGGCAUGGACAGAGAUAUUUUUAACUACUAUCUCAUAUGUGAUCUUCAAAUUUCACAAGGGAACAUGAAUGGAAAUUGAAGAAGGAUGAAGGGCUCAGUCAUCAAGACACUAACACAUCCUUGGAGAAAUGAAUGGCAUUCUCUGUUGUCUGGGUUGAGUUACUGGUGCCUAGCCCCCAUUAAAUCAAACCUUAUCCCCCAUUAAAUCAAGCUUUAUACUCAGUCUUUUGUGCCCAAGGUAAGACUUGUUGAUUAAAUUCUGUUUGGGGCUCUCAUUCACA